CAUAAUUUACAAAAUGAACAUCAUACUGUAUUGAAAUAGACUUGGUACUACCGAUUGAGACCAUAAACUCAUUAGGAAAGUGUUUAUUGAGGUAGUAAAUCAAUUGAGGGGUCAUUUUCUCAUAGACUUCCAUACAAUCAGACUGUACAGUACAAUAUUCCGAUUGCAUUAGAUUUAACUCCUGGUAUUGAAACCCGGGUGGGGUUUGAAGAAAAUACAUCAAAAUAUGGGUCUAGAAUAUUUCUGAUCCCACAGUUUCACUUAACUCUAUAAACCAUCAAUAAGCUGAAUUAAUCAGAUGGAUAGUCCGGUCUCCGAAAUUAUGAGUGAUAUAAAAUCAUAAUCAGGCAUGAUCAGGCCAGCUAAAUUUCUCUACGAAACUUCCGACGUAUAUGAACAAAGAUAACCAGUUCACAGGAAAACCAGUUAAUGUGUAACACACAGAGAUGCAAUAGAAGAGGCACAAAGAAAUCAGCCAAGAUGUGGACAGUCAGUGUGAUCAUGUUCACCUUUCUGCUCACCACAGCUCUCUCUGCCCCUGUGAAAGUUAAUGAGGACUCUAUGACCUUGUUCCACGGGGAGGAUUUCCACAUCAUGCUGCCCUCACUUGGGUUAGAGGUCACGUUUCAGAGCAGAUCUUCUCCGCGUGCAGCUGACGUGGUCCUGAUGCGGGAUGGCGGCGUGGUCAAUACCAGGGCCAAACUCAACCGCCAACUCAGCCACCUCAUUAUAGAGGCUGUGGGCGAGGAAGAUGAGGGCGUGUACACAGUGAAGAACCCUGAGAAGCCUGAGGAUGUCAGACGCAUUGCCCUUAUAGUCCGAGAUUGCUCUAAUGAGCAGACCAUUAAAUACGGAGACAACUACCAUAUUCCGCUGUUGGGGAUAAUUCCUCCCAUCACCCUGGAGUACAGGCCUAGUGCGGUGGAGGCCAACCAGACAUCCAGACCUGCUCUGGUGCUGCUGACCAGUACAGGGAUUUCCAGGGAGGGCUACGAGGGUCGUAUUAGCGUCAACGAACGCCACAUCACUCUCAGCACUGUCACAGGUGCAGACGAGGGCAGCUACACUGUCAGGGAUGCAGAACUUCAAAUUAAAAGGAAAGUGUGUCUCAACGUCAGAGAGCACCAAAACUUUGUGACGCUGCCAUACGGAAAAACAGUGAAGAUCAACCUGAUACUCAACAGCUCAUUAGUUCGCCUCAACUACACCCGCAACCGUGACCCCACACCCUAUCUGCUGAUGGACAAGGGAGAAUUUACAAGUGCCCGAACAGAGCUGGGUCUUGAGGACCGUCUGUCGAUGGAGGGUUCAUUGGUUUUCCUGGAUCAGGUCAGGAGUUCAGAUGCAGGCCAGUUCAAAAUUACUGACUUACUGGGGUUCCCCGUGUCCAUCAUCCACCUGGAAAUACAACCCUACAAGCUGGAGUCACUGUAUGUGGCCAUCAUCGCCCUGUUAGGCCUGCUGGUUUUCCUUCUGCUGGUUUGCCUGCUGUCCUGCCUGAUCAAAGUGAAGAAGAGGGCCAAGAGGGCUUCGGACCUGGAGAAGAUUGCUCAGAAUGCUGGCAAAGAGGAUGAGGGAGAGGCCUUCAGACAGGUGGUAAAGAACAUCACCAAACUCAGUGAGGAAUCCAAACAUUCCCAGGCUGACACUACAGAGAAAUCUCAGAGCACUGAGGUGGACAUUAAGGGUCUGGAAGUUUCCUCUAAAGAGGUUGGCAUCGGUAACCUAGAGACCAGUGACUCUGGUGUUGGCUUUAACACCGCCCUGCCACUGGACACUGACACCGAUGCCCCUGACCAAAUCCCCGACUCUGAGGCUGUAAGCAUCUCUGUUGCCCCUGAAGCCAAGCCAAGUGCACCGUCUGCUGCUGAGGUUGAGCCAAGUGCUCCACCGGUGAUGGAAAUUAAGUCCAGUCCAGUAGCCGAAACUAAAGCCAGCCCAGCACUUGAAAUCAAGAUAACCCCUGAUCAGCCUGUGGAAGUGAAGUUGGAUGUGCCCAAAUCAGCAGAUGUUAAGCUUAGCCCAGCUCCAAGCCCUGAACCCAAGGCUGGCCUGAGUCCAGCUGAUCCAAAGCCUGCACCCAGCCCAAGCCUGGAGCCCAAGUCAGCUACUCCUAAAGCCACAACCCCAACACCUGAAAGUAAGAGUGCCCUGGCCCCCACACCUGAGACCCCCAAACCAACCACACCAGAACCUAUUACCAACGGUACACCUGAGCCAGGCCCAGAUGAUGCUGAUCUUAUCGGAGACUCAGCUCCAAAAGCAGCCCCCCCUAAAACCCCUGAAGUGGAGCUGAAAUCUAGUGGUGCCGUACUAGAGGCCAAAAUGGAUGCCAGCAAAGAGGGCACUGUGGCUGAGGAUUCAACCACCACUACCUGAGAACUGCCCCUGCAAAAACCCAAGGGAAGCCCCACAGAUCCUCUCCAUCUUCCACCACAGUAGACAAUCGAACACCCCCUACCAAAUAAUGAAGAAACCACUGAAACUGGGGCGAGAACUUCAGUUUGACCUAAUGCCUGAACACAGUAUUACCUAGAUAACAGUAUCGCACUUGUCAAACACAUAACCUUUGAGACUUUCAUAAAAACAAAUGCGUCUCUUGGAUUGUUAAACAUUUUAGUUGUAUACACCUUGCAGCCUUGUUUUUUUUUUUUUUUUGGUAACUCCACAGUAAAACUGCCAGACUGCAAAUGAAAUCCUUUGCAGAGUUUACAACUAAAAUGUUAACUCCAAAUAAGGUCUUUUCUAACAUAAUGAGGCAGCCAGAAAGGUUUACAACAUUUCAUUCAAACUAAAACAACUUUGACCUGAACUAACCACCAUUUCCCAUCUGAAUACUUGUUCUUCUAUCAGCAUGUGAUAAAACUAACAAAAUGCAUGAAAUCCUCAGUCUCCCACAGUGAAACCAAUGCCAUCCCAAACUUACUAAUGUGUGUGAUGACAUUGUUGUCAAAAAAUGUAAACGAAAGCCCUUUUGUCCACAGAACGGCAUUCUGUUGUUGCCAUCUUGUACAUAUGAAAUGUGGAUGUUAUGAGAUACUUGCACCAGUCCUUUGGCCUCAAAAACAUCCGCAAUAUAACCACACGAGAGGAGAUACUAAUAACACUUACACCACUAUUUAUAGUCUCUGAGAUUGAGACUGAGAUUCCCAGUAGAUAUCUCCAAUGAUUAAAAUUUGUUUUACAGACUGAUCCCUCAUGUCUGGAUCAACCACUUACUGUCUUUGAUCUGGAUUUCCCAGUGGCUCUAUAAAAAUCCCAUUAUUCUUACAAUUUAAUAGGAAGCUCAUGCCGGCAGAAACUCUUAAUAGGACCACCAUGUUCCCGCUGUACAUUGGGCUUUCUCAAGCAGAAAUACAGACUGAAAAUAUGUGGUAAGUUCAAAUAGUUAGAACAUGUUUCUUUGUUUUUCUAUUUCAUUGUCCUUACUUGUCUACUCUCCGACCCACCUUUUGUCUGUCAUUCCAUCUUUGAUUCUUCCCCUUUUUUAUCCUUCUUUCCCUCCUUUCCUUUGCUAGGCAGCAUUUUAAACUACUUAAAUACUUCAGUACACAGCCUUUGAUAGAAACUAGAAUCUUGAUUUAGUCAUUACUAUUAUUAUAAGGCAUUACUUUUAUUUCCUCUGUGUUAUUAGGUUUUGUUGACAAUAAAAAAGGGAACACACUGUAUCUUUGGCCCUAUACUCCGAAACUGGGCAAAAGCUUAAAUACUUAUGCCUAGCAUCUAAUGGCUACGAAAUAGCCCCAUGAGGUUGUUCUCAUUACCACCACAUUGUCUAUCCAGAGCUGUUCCAUGUGAGUUUGGAAAUAUGUAGAUGUUUAGUCGACACGAUUUAAGAUACAUUUUCGUGGGACACAAUGCAUGUCUCUACCUCAUGUUUUAACUGACCACUGGAAAACCAAUGACAGUCCAGGUUUGGUGCACUGAAAUCAACAAAAAAGCAUUUUGGAUUCAAGAGAGAAGCACAAAAAGACAGCAGUGAAAUUCAGUCAAAUGAUCAGUGAAAUAUAGGAGAACUGUAAGAAGUAGAUUCAUCUACAACCAACUGGCCUUUAUGAUAACUUUCCUGACUAACAGAUCUUUCUUACAAGUAAAUUGAUAUCAGACAAUAUGUCAGCAUUUUAAAAAGCCAUAUGAUAGGAUAGGUUUAGAUGUCAGAUUUGAUACUAAGAUCAAUUGAUAUAAUGUAUAGACUAAAACUACAAAAAAAUAAAUAAAUAAAAUGAAUGUGCCUCAGUGUUAAAUGGACAAACUAUCGGAUUUUCAGGUCACAUGUAUUUAAAAAUUAACAAAGGCCUUCUAAUGAUUAUUGGCCUUUGACCUCAAGAAAAACAGUGAAUAUGCCUCAUUUCCAGUCUGGAUCUGUGAAGGAACCGCAAAACCCAUUUUGGUAAUACUAAAAUGGUCUUUACACACACACAUACACACACACACACACACACACACACACACACACACACACACACACACACACACACACACACACACACAGAUACACACACAUACGCCAGCCUUGUAAAUAUUGCAUGUGUACGCCAGUUUAACCCCCUUAAGGCUGAAUGUUGUUAGUGUAUAGAAUGGUUGUUGUAUCAUACUUAAUGAUGAAGAAGACAACUAAUCUCACCAACCUUAAAUCCAGAAUAUAAAAUAUAUACACAUACUAUACUAUAUACACUAAUAUUCACUAAUGUCUUGAACUAAUUUAAGAACCAAAUAUUGUAAAAAUCCAUCAAGACUGUAUCAGAUCAAUUAUCUGCUAUUAUUGCCAUUCCAACCUGAUGAUACUCACAGCAUAUCUCUCACAGUAUUUACAUGUUGUAUUAAAAUGUUUAACCUACGUCAAUUGAAGCACUGAUUGCAGCAUGCCCACAACAUGUCCUGAAAAAUAGGCUUUUAUUGUCCUACAGUUGUGUCUGUGUGUGUAUGUGUGUGUGUGUGUGACCAGAGGAGUGACGUUUCAAUGUUUCCAUCAUCAUGUGUUAAGGAUUUGUGUGUUUGCCUAUGAUGCACAUACCGUAUGAGUGUGAAUGGUUUAUGGCUGUGUUUGUGUGCUGAAUCUAUGCAUAGGCAGUUUUUGUACAGGAUGAAACUUUAUGUGCGCUUCUCCAUUUGUUGUAAGAUAUCCAUGUGCCUGCUUAAAUCAUCUUGCAAUGUGAAGAAAACAAGUGCUGUGUUUACGUCAUGAGUGUGAAUGUGUUUAAAACCACAAACAAUGGUAAAGUAUAUUGUAACUUUGAGAUAUUUGAGUGACUCUUGUGUUUGUUUUAGUGCCUAAAAUGUAUAUUGGAUAGUUGGCCUGUAUUCUGUCAUUAGCCGACACUCCUGAUGGCACCUUUUUCUUAAUAGGUAGGGUAUUCUCAGAAAGAAUGCUGUUUGCACACCUGACUGAACAAAAUGAUACCACUGACUAGCCUAAGAUAUGUAAGAGAGUAUGUUACAUAUUGUGUAAAAAAUUACAAAAGUUGGUCAUACAGGAUUUCCAGAUGAUUCUGAGUAGCAUAAGGGAUACUGAGUGUGCUCUAUUUGUAAGUGAGGGUGUUUUCCAUUUCAUUAAUCAAGUCUGUGGCACACGUUUCGAGUGUGUGAGUGAAUUCAUAGCAGCAGAUGAAUGACAAAGCUUUGUGCGGGUAACCCUCAGGGUUAUGUUGUGGUAAGCAAUUGAUGAGAGACUGCUAAAAUGGCAUUUUCGUACACCACCGCUAUAUUGUCAGUGAUUGUAAUACCAAGCCGGGACAUGAGAAAGGCAGAUGGCGUAUUAGUGGGCAGGACGAGCCUUUGGUUUACGCAUUACUAGCAUCUCAAAGAAGGCUCAGUCUAGUGGAAUUGGAGUUAUUAUAUCUAACUGGUGCCAGAGGGAUUCUGGUUUCAUACCCACUUCUGAUAACCCACUAACAGAAACCACUAUUGUUAAUACCACUGGCACAUCUUGCACUACGUGAGUUGUCUCUGCCCCGAUCCUCUCUGUUUACUUCUGCUGUUCUGGCCUGGGUGUGGUGUGACGUUCCACAUGUUCUCUCUGUAAUCCCUUUUUGCACAACACUUCACACCGAUGUUUUGUAAGGAAGAUAGUUUUUUUUCUUUAUUUCAUGUCUAAAGAAAUACUAAGAAUAAACAAAAGAAUAUGAGAC